AUGGCUGCACAACCUCGUAAACCUCUCCAAGCACUAAACCCUAGCACUUCUACACCAACCAGUAACAUAUCAACUCGGCUGGAGAAAUCCAAUCCUGAUGUUUGCUGCUCGAUCCGUGAUUUAGAAGCGUUGGCAUCCUUAGAUGAUGAUCGAGAACAUGCGCACCUCCCAGAAGCUACCAUACUUGCCCCUGUGGCUAAACAUACCCGCUGUAUCUCAGUUGGACUGCUGGAUCCAGAGUACCCGAGUCUGAUGGCCAGCAAGUCAGAUGCUUCAUACUCCGGCGCUCACUCUCGCGGUGAUGGUCAGUUUUCUGUGCUGCAGCGCUGGGCAUCACGUCCUACUUUACUGGAAGAACUGGGCUAUGACACCGCAACUGUUGUCCGUGUUUGCGAAGAUACAGGCGAUAAGGGGAGUCCUAACAGUUCUGAUGGGGGUUUCGGCAAUUACACCCCAACCCAAGCCCGCACCAUAGAACAACUUUCUAGAGAGAAUGCAUAUUUACGCCAUGCUGUGGGGCAGAUGGACAGCAGCUUCAGAGGUUAUGCAAUGUCUUCUGCACUGGCAACUAGCCGAUAUGCAAUUGGAACUGGCAUUCACAAUCCUCAUCAUACCCAAGGAAGUGUUCCGGUGGGUCUUCCAGUAGAGGACCUGGACGAGGUGGGAGAUAUUCCUGGCUACAGCCAGAUUCAAAGCAAUGCCGGCAGAAGGAGCUAUUCCGAACACCCCGCCAACCAGGAGAAACAGUUUCCAGCAUUCGCCUCCGUGGAAACCCGAACUCUGGAGAAUGUCAAAAAGGCUCAUUGGGAUAUUUCUCAUGGCUUCGGAAACACGUAUGAUAUUUCUCUCAGUCGGCGGCACUCGUUCGCGGAUAUCCCUAUUCAACAUAUUUAUAACUCUGCUGACUCGUCAAGGAUCACGGUAGGAGACCAGGAAGAUAUCUAUAGGGGUAUCGGUGAAGACCUUGUGUCAAGUGCACAAGGCCAAAACCAGUCCUAUUUUGCUCGUAACCAAGCUCUUCAUGCUGCCAACGGCCCGUCAGCGAUUCCCAUGUCUCGCUACUCAGCUUGUACAAUGCCAAACACCGAUGGCCGUCACCAAUCGGGCCUGAUGUAUCCGCACCAGAAUCAACUCUUCUAUAUUGUAACUUUUAAGUAUCACCGUGUAGACAUUUUCUCCAUUCAAGACGAUACUGGCCUUCAGGUGAAAAGUGGAGACCCGGUCAUUGUUGAAGCGGACCGUGGAACGGAUCUUGGGACCAUUCAGCAAGCUAACGUUUCUAUGCAAAAAGCUCAAGAGCUGAAACAGCAGUACGCAGAAUACCACUACAAAUGUUUGAUGAUGUUCUCUAGGCAAGGGCAGAGUGCUGCAGCGAAUUUAGUGAAUACUUUUCGGAGUGUAUCUGGACUGAAAGGUCAGAGUGAUAUCGGUGGUAUGCGCUCUCAUGGGUCCUAUGGGGUCCAGGAGUCUGCUGCUGAAACGAAGCCUAAAUUAAUAAAACGGCUUGCCCAAAACCAUGAAAUCCUGAAAUUGCGCGAUAAAGAAGGGAAUGAGAUGAAGGCUAAACAGCUUUGCCAGCAGAAGGUCGCAGAACAUCGGCUCAAUAUGGAGAUACUAGGUGCUGAAUUCCAAAUGUGCAUAUCGCCUUGA